AUGACCGCUGCAACGGCCAGCGCGAUCCAUCUCAGCCCAGAAACUCCGGGCAGUACACACGCUGAGCUAUCACGCAUCACCGAUUCAUCCUCGUCCAAAGCCUCUUCGCUCCUCCAGCUAAAUCAUGACCAGAACCACAUCUUCUUCAACCCUGAAGGCUUCCACAACCACAUCGCCCACCAACUGCUUGCCAUGUUCGCCCUCGGCGCCUCGCCCGAAGAGCUUCAGCGUGCAUAUGACGAUAAUUCGGGCUACCAGCGUCCGCUAGGGAAGGUCAAUGAGGCCAACGUCAAAGCAUUUGUUGAAGAAGAGGAUGGGGACUCGUCAAAUGGCACAGGAGCGCAAAAGCACUUCCAUGAUUUCGAGGAGUAUUUCCAACGAAGGAUCGACGAGAAGGGCUGGCAAGAGGUAGUAAAAGAGGCGUUGUUUGCAGGGACGGAAAGGAGUGAGGAUCUGUUGAUUCGGAUGUUUGGCGGCUUCUAUCAUCCCAUCAUCCAUCUUGGCUACGGGAUCGAAUUCAGCCAGCCAGCCAUCGUAGCAGAAGCCCUCGCACAGGCUUGCGUGCACGAUAACUGGAUGAAACAAUUCCUCAUACCGCUCGACCCGAAGCACUACACGCCUGCAACGGACUCGCAUCCCACACCGCUAGCCAAAUUGAUCAACGACAUUCGCUCCAAUACUAAGCUCGUCAACUCGCCUCACGAGUCUGAUGGCAACAAGAUUCGCGACGGCAUACUUGUUCGCGCCGGCGAUGAGAUGAUCGCCGAAGCGAAAAAGUGGUGGAUUCCACGCAAUAACAACAACAGGAUCACCGAACAAGCCCUUCAACGUUGCCUCGCCGAAAUGAUCAACACAUGCGUCUGGUUCGCCGGUGCAGCUCAACGACCAGAUCGAGAAGUCAAAUUCGAUUUCUUCUACAUGCACUGUGUCAACCUCAGCGUCUUCUACCGCGCUUUGAUGAGCAGCUCGUGGAUCGAUCUUGAAGAUAGGGGACGAUUGCUAGAGAUGAAGGCACGAACUGAUCUUGCGCUGUAUGUGAGUCGAGGCAGCCCGGGGUUGAAGGGCGAUGAGAUUAGAAACUAUGUUCCUCGGACAAGCAAUGGAAAGCUGGAUUCAUGGGAGGCAAUCAUUGCGCGAGUAACGGCGUUGCCGAACGACGAUGGGCAUGCGAGUAAGCUGAUUAGGGCGCUGAAGGGUGGCGAAGAGGUUUGUGUACCGCUGGAGAAGGAGCUCGGCGAGGAGGAGAUGCCAAUUAGGGGCGAUAUGUGGUUGAAGCUGGCGAAUAUGGCGAUCGAUAGUGUUGAAUCUGGUGGGCCAAAGUGGGUCAGGAACGUUGGGUGGGAUAGUGCUUGGGAAGAGGUACCUCUGAGGAAAGACAGGGAGAGUCGGUUGUAA